AUGCCGAAAUCGUCAGAUAGCAGGCGCGGUGGUGCCCGCAAGGGGCCAUACGAUAAGCCUGAACGCAAGAACAUUUUCAAGUACAACACAAAUAUUGGCCAGCACAUCUUGAAGAACCCUGGCAUCGCCGAUAUGAUUGUCGCAAAGGCAAACCUCAAACCCACCGACACCGUCCUCGAGAUCGGUCCUGGAACCGGCGUCCUCACGACACGCAUUCUAGAACAAGCUAAAGCGGUCAAGGCCGUAGAGCUCGACAUUCGCAUGGGAGCCGAGUUAACAAAAAGAGUCCAAGGCAAGCCCGAGCAGCAAAAGUUGGAAAUUAUCAUGGGCGAUUUCGCCAAAUUGGAUCUUCCGGAAGCACUCCCACCAUUCGACGUUUGCAUUAGCAAUACCCCGUACCAGAUUUCGUCCAUCAUUAUCUCCAAGCUGAUUUCUCUCCCUCGGCCUCCUCGCGUCAGCAUUCUUAUGGUCCAGCGAGAAUUUGGACUACGGUUAUGCGCUCGACCUGGCGAUUCCUUAUACUCUCGCCUUUCAGUCAACACACAAUUCACCUCCAAAGUCGCCCUGAUUGCCAAGGUCGGCAAGAACAACUUCUCGCCGCCACCCGAAGUCGAAUCCGUUGUCGUGAGACUUGAGCCACGACCAGAAGUGCCUGCCGCCAACAUACAGGAGCUGGACGGCAUGCUACGUAUCUGUUUCUCAAGGAAAAACAAGACUCUACGAGCGAGCUUCAUCGAUUCAGAGGAGCUCUGCCAGCGAAAUUGGAUCACUUGGGCGGCUAUGGAUCCCGAGAAAGUCAGCGAGCAAGAUUUGCAGUUCUUCCGUGACAGCGAAGAUACAAUAGACGCUCACCAGUCUGUGUGUGGAAUUCCCGUUAGCAAGGCCACUCUCAAGAGCUUCAUUCGGAGCAAGAUUGAGCAUGUCCUUGAGAAGACUGAACUCUCUGAAGCACGAUCAGCCAAGUGUGACGAAAACGACUUCUUACGGCUUCUUUUGGCGUUCCGCGAGAACAACAUUUAUUUCACAUAA